AAUUUAUUGAAGACAUCCUAUUUAUCAAAGAAGAUGAAACUCAACUCUUAACAACUAAAGACCAAACACCUGAAGAUGGAAAAGUGACCCAGUGAAUAAUGGCACACUCGAUAGAAUGGAUUCGAUUCCGCUUCCAGCAGCAACGACCCCAUAAUGUCUCUGAAACAACACCAUUGUUAUCACCUUCAUCACGGAAUUCUCCAGUCAGGACACAAAAGUCAGCUGGUUUAAGCAACCAAAGAAUUAUCAUUCCAAAUAAUGGAAAGUUUCCCAGAAACUCAGAAAAGCUAAUGAAAAGCUACUUGAGCAACAAAAUAAGAACCACAAAGUAUACCUUCAUCAACUUCCUUCCAAAGAACAUUUUUGAACAGUUUUACAGGUUUGCUAAUAUUUACUUUCUGUUCCUGGCACUUCUGAACUGGGUCCCAUUCAUUGGAGUUUUCCAGAAAGAGAUAACCAUGUUACCCCUGAUUAUUGUGAUGUCCACUACUGCUAUUAAAGAUGGAGUUGAAGACUACAAGAGAUACAGAUUUGAUAAAAAGAUAAAUCAAGCCAAGACAAAGGUAUUUGAUUGGAAACAGCAGCAGUAUGUUAAAAAAUGCUGGAAAGAUGUUCAAGUGGGUGACUUUGUGCAGCUCUCAUGCAAUGAAAUAAUCCCAGCUGAUAUGCUCCUAUUGCACUCAUCAGAACAAAAUGGAAUCUGUCACAUUGAGACUUUUAACCUCGAUGGAGAAACAAACCUCAAACAAAGACUUGCAGUUAAAGGGUUUACAAAUCCUCAUUCGAGUUUUGAACCAGAGACCUUCAACUGCACUAUAACCUGUGAAAACCCCAACAAUGAUCUCAACAAAUUUGAGGGCAUUAUGGAAAAUCCUGAAAAUAAGAUCGGCUUCAAUAAAGACAGCCUCUUACUUCGAGGAUGCACUAUCCGGAACACUAAAGUUAUUGUGGGAAUAGUUAUAUAUGCAGGUCAUGAAACCAAGGCAAUGCUUAAUAAUAAUGGACCUCGCUACAAACGGAGUAAAUUGGAGAGGAGAAUGAACACCAAUGUCCUCUGCUCUGUUGUUCUCAUGGUGAUUAUGUGUUUUCUUGGAGCCUUGGGCCACAGUAUUUGGGUUGGAACCUUCCCUUCGUGGCCUCCAUUUGAACCUCCAGACAGCAAUGGCAGCUUCAUGUCAGCUGCUGUAUCUGGGUGUUACAUGUUCCUGACAAUGGUGAUACUAUUACAGGUCUUUAUCCCUAUUUCUUUAUAUGUUUCCAUUGAGGUUGUAAAGUUGGGUCAAAUAUUCUUCAUACACAAUGAUAUUGAUCUGUACGACGAAAGUACCAACACCCGUGUGCAGUGUCGUGCUCUGAAUAUCACUGAGGACCUUGGUCAGAUCCAGUAUAUCUUCUCCGAUAAGACAGGAACCCUCACUGAAAACAGAAUGGCCUUCCGUCGUUGCACCAUCUUCGGCACAGAGUUUCGACAUGCUGAAAAUACAAGGCGAUUAUCUACACAGAGGGGACUGGUCUCUUUUGAUGAAGAAAGGCCACUUUUGCAGAGCACAGAUGAUGUAACCAACAUUCAGAGUACCAUGCCCCAUCCAAAGCAAAAGAGUAUAAUGUCAAUGCAACAUUCGCAAGGCAUACAUUCGCAACAGAAGUAUGGUCAGCAAUCUGGGAUGAAUUGUGAUAGUUUCUCAACCCAGAAGGUGGCAUUCAACAGCCCAAUAGAGAAAGAAAUCAUCCCUGACGAAUCCUUGCUGAACAGAAUUCAAGAUGCUGUUGUUCAUAUGGACACAUGGACUCGACUUAAAGACAGCACUGAGUUGGAAAAUGCAUGUAUCAUAGAUUUCUUUCUGGCUUUGACAUUGUGUAACACAGUUAUGGUUUCCACAGCAACACAACCAAGGCAACGAGUAUUAUCUUCACCCUUGUCAAAAACUUCCACAAAUUCCCAGGAGAAGCUACAGCAGCUAUUUCAGAAGCUUAAGCUGACAAGAACAAGUUCCAUUUCCACACCAAAUCAAUCGGACUCUGAUGAACCAGGGCAUUUCUGCAAUAAAACAUCGCUGUCCUCUGAAGUUAGUCCAACUUCUUCAUAUAGUGCGGAGACUGUAACAGAUGAUGCUGUUUCUAGGUCUGAUCUCAUCAAUAAUGUACAUGAAAUGGCUAACAGUGUUGACGGAGAAGAUCACAGUAUUCUUGAAGAAGCUGAUAAAAAUCAAAGCAAUUUAGAGUUCUGCUAUGAAGCUGAAAGCCCAGAUGAAGCAGCCCUUGUGCACGCUGCUCGAGCUUACAAUUUCACAUUAUGGUCUCGAACUCCCAACCAAGUGACUGUGAAGUUACCUCAAGGGGAUCUUCUCACUUUUGAAGUAUUACAUACAUUAGCAUUUGAUUCAACAAGGAAAAGGAUGUCUGUAAUAGUCAAACAUCCCCUCACUGAAGAGAUUAUCAUGUACACAAAGGGAGCAGAUUCUGCUAUCAUGGAUUUAUUAGCGGUAUCAGCCAAAGAGGAAAAGCAUAGACAAAUAACUCUGGAAACACAGAAGUAUCUGGACAUGUAUGCAAAUGAUGGUCUGCGAACACUAUGCAUCGCAAAGAAGGUCUUAAGCACGAGUGAAUACAAAAAAUGGGCUGAUUUAAGGCAUGAGGCAGAGACCAGUAUUGAUCACAGAGAAGCAUUGAUUCUAGAGACAACACUACGAUUGGAAACAGAUCUUCAAUUAUUGGGGGCAACAGGUAUUGAGGAUCGUCUGCAAGAUGGUGUGCCAGAUACCAUUGAAGCCCUUCGUGAAGCUGGAAUUUUGAUUUGGGUCCUGACAGGAGAUAAGCAGGAGACUGCUGUUAAUAUCGCUUAUGCAUGUAAGCUUCUGAAUUCAAAGGACUUUAUCUUCACUCUAAGUAAUGAAAACCAGGAGACCUGUGAAUCUUCACUGGAUUGCAUCUUGGACAAAAUGAGAAUGUAUAAAGAAGUAAAUAGCACCACAUCCAAUGUACCAAUGGACUUUGCACCUGUUUCCUCUGUACUCAAACCCAGCUUUGGUCUAGUGAUUGAUGGAAAGACUUUGAGUGUAAUCUUCCAUGGAAAUCUGCAGAAGAAGUUCCUGGAUCUUGUAAAGUGUUGCCAAUCUGUGCUGUGUUGUCGUUGCACUCCUCUGCAGAAAAGCAUAGUGGUCAAGCUUGUCCGUGCUCACCUAAAUGUCAUGACAUUAGCAAUAGGUGAUGGGGCCAAUGAUGUCAGCAUGAUCCAAGCUGCUGAUGUGGGUGUUGGACUCUUCGGUCAAGAAGGAAUGCAGGCUGUGAUGGCCAGUGAUUUUUCAAUCUCUCACUUCAAACAUCUAAAAAAGCUGCUCCUGGUGCAUGGUCAUUGGUGCUACACUCGAUUGUCCAACAUGACUAUUUAUUUCUUUUACAAGAAUGUGGCCUAUGUGAAUCUCUUAUUCUGGUACCAGUUUUUCUGUGGAUUUACUGGGACAACAAUGAUUGACUAUUGGUUGAUGAUUUUUUUCAAUCUUUUCUUCACUUCCCUGCCUCCAUUACUGUGUGGAAUACUGGACAAAGAUAUUUCUGCAGGACUGCUUUUGGAAUUCCCUGAGCUGUAUAAAAGUGGUCAGCAGUCUGCGGUCUCCAAUCUCUGUAUUUUUGGGAUCAACAUGAUGGAUGCCUUUUAUCAGAGUCUCGUCUGCUUCUUCAUUCCAUACUUUACUUAUCGUGAUUCAAAUAUUGAUGUCUUUACAUUUGGAAUACCCAUGAAUACUCUGUCCAUCUUUACAAUCCUAGCACAUCUGGCAAUUGAAACCAAAACAUGGACUUGGCUGCAUUGGAGUUCAAUAAUUGGGAGUAUCGCAUUCUACUUUUUGGUCACUCUUGUAUACUGUGCCAAAUGUGUGAUCUGCAACCCUCCAUCUAAUCCCUACUGGAUAAUGCAACGUCAGAUGACCGAUCCACUCUUUUACCUCAUCUGUCUCAUCACACCGGUUCUAGCCCUGCUACCAAGGUAUUUAUUUCGUAGCCUUCAAGGGACAUUGUUUACGUCUUGCAUUUUCAAAGCUCGUCAACUGGACAAAUUGGACUGGGAACAAUGCAUUCGAACCAUUAAACAGUGGAAAGGCCUUUACACCUCAGAAAAUGAUACUUCGUCUUCAACAGGUUCUGCAGAUCAAUCACCAAUUGAAAAUAUCAACCACCCUUUUCCAACGUCAAGUAAUUAUGAUCCUCAGUUUAUUUCUUCCAGUCCAGGGGAGAGCGAAAAUGCAGAAUUCUACCAAUAGCAUGUGAAGAUCAGGUGUCAUAGGAGAAAGAUAACGAAAUGGAAAUGAUGUGGAUUCUAAUGAAGCUACGCAUUCACAAAUACCUUUGGAAAGAAGAGAAACUCUUUCUCCUCCCUCUCAGUCAGUGUUGUAUAGGGAAUAAAAACAGCUACAAACCUUUAAAGAACAUUUUGCCUUUUUAGAAGAACUGUCAUUGUGUCAAAUGAACAAAACAUUCAGCCCACAUGCAAAGUUUCGAAAGACCUAAUCUGCGAGUCUGAGUUUUCUCUAUCUUUUCAUGUAAAGAAGAUAACAUGAACUGAAUUGAUCAACCAAAUGUGCCAUUAAUAUUUGUUUGUCUUUAUGACAGUCAACUGGUUCUUAACUGUGCAAAUUUAAAUUAUUUUGUUUAACACUCUGCCCAAAGUAAUUAAGUGCAAGUUCAUUGAUUUCAUAAGAACUUAAAUAAGCAGGAUCAUUGAAAUGCACAUGACUGUGGAUAAUAAAAUCUGAAACAAGAACAAAAAGUGUUGGAAAUACUGAGCAGGUUGAUAGUACCUAUUGCAUGGGGAGCAGAGUCAAUGCUUCAUGUUCUGGUUCUGAGGUAAAGUCACACUCAAGAAAUGUGAACUCAGUGAGGGAAAUAUUAUCAUGGACUGAGUGACAUGCUUUAUUGAAAGAUUUGUGACCAAAUCAUGGUAAGGGUCCAGUAAAGUCAGCCUCUAUGGUGGAAGCAAAAUGUGAUGCCAUUUAAGCUUUUCACAAGCAGGGUGGUGAGAUUCUCACAAGAUAGUA